UUUCGUUGAAAAUCACAACAAAUGUGCGUGAAAAGUAACCUCAAAAGUUGAGUUUUUAGUGCAAAAAUGGAUGAUUUACAGUUGAAUAUAUCAGCCGUUAAAAAGGUUAAAAAGAAGGUGAGUGCUCCCCCGAAAAAUGCGUCUGAAUACAAGUUUGUAUCCAAUCCUCAGUUUACUGGUAAAACCAUAGCUAGGAAAAGGCCACAAAACUUCAAUAAACAACGGCAAAAUCAACAAAAGUCUAAUGGAGAACCUCAGAAGAAAUUGCCUAAAUUGUCAACCAACACUUCAGAUGAUUUGGACUCUAGAUUGCGAGAACUCAGUGAGAAUAAAGGGAAGUUUGAAGGAAAAAACUACCAGGAGAUGAAUGAUGAGUUGCAAGUCCAACAGAAACCAAGAAGUGGUGCCUGGAUUUCAUCAUUAUUUAAAAAUAACCCUGAUGUGCCGAAGAUUGGUCAACGAGCUGUGAAACCUCUUACAGAGAAAGUAUUUGCAGGGAGAACUUUUGCAGAUUUAGACAUACAUCCUCACAGUGUUGCCAAUCUUCAACAAAACUUAGGAUUAAAUGAAUUGAUGACUGUGCAGCAGAAAGCAAUUCCUGUAAUAUUGCAAGGCCGAGAUGUUUUGAUCAGAUCUCAGACAGGGUCAGGCAAAACUCUAGCCUAUGCUCUACCCCUGAUUGAAGGUUUGCAAGCCAUUAGACCUAAAAUCAAUCGGCACGAUGGCAUCCGAGCUGUCGUUGUUGUGCCCACCAGAGAACUGGCCGUGCAGACUUAUGAACUGUUUGUGAAGCUGGUGAAGCCAUUUACUUGGAUAGUGCCAGGUUUGUUAAGUGGAGGACAAAAGAGGAAAGCAGAGAAAGCUAGGUUAAGGAAAGGACUUAAUAUUUUGGUGGGUACUCCAGGAAGAAUAAAUGACCAUUUGAGACACACACAGUCAUUGAACUUUGCUAAGACAGGCUGCUUGAUAUUGGACGAAGCAGACAAGUUAUUGGAUAUGGGUUACGAAAAAGAUGUAGCUGCAAUAGUAAAAUCUAUUGAAGACCAUAAAAAAGCAGCUACAUAUGAUCCACUAGCAUUGAUCAAACAAACAAUUGUAAAGAAGAUUGAUGAAACUACAGAUGUUGAAGAAGCAGAAAAGCCAGAUGAUAAUGUAAAUAGUGAUAUUAAACAUAAGUUGACUGAAGUUCUUCUGUCUAAAGAUAGGCAAACUAUUUUGUUAUCAGCAACUCUUACCAAGGCAGUUGAGAAUUUGGCGGGAAUAACUAUGAAGGAUCCUGUAUUUGUAGAUACCUCAGAAGGCAGAGCACUUGUUGCUGACUCACUAAAACCAAAACUUUCCGAAGUUCAAGCUUUUAAAAAAGAUGUCAAAACUGAAGAGAAAGUAACGAAAAGUAGUAAAGCUCUGCCUCAAGAAGACAAAACAGACAAACAAGUUUCCAACGAAACAACAACAGAAAAUAAGUUAGAAAUUAAAAGAGGAUUAGUUGCAUUUAGUGGGUUGAAUCAUACUGACUUAUUUAAAAAAGAAAAUGAUAUUGUAAUAAAUACUCAUUCCAAACCUGUACCUAAAAGUAAUGAAGAUAGUGAUAGUGACUCUGAUUAUGAAUAUUUCAAAGUACAAAAAGAUUUGGAAGCAAAGAAACCUAAGGUUGAAGAAGAUGAUGAAGAAAAAGUUGAUGAAGAACCUCAGCCGAAUUUAUUUGAGCAAGCUCUAAAGACAGCUGUUGUAGAAGAUGAGCUUAUUCUACCUGCAAGUGUAAAUCAGACGUUUUUAAUAGUUCCAAUGAAGUUAAGAUUAGUUACCUUAUGUUCUCUCAUAGUAGAACAUUGUGUUUUAAACAAAAAAGGAGGCAAAAUGAUUGUUUUUAUGGCAACUCUGGAGAUGGUAGAUUAUUAUUCUGAAUUAAUAGAAACGGUAUUGACAGGAAAAAAUGUUAAAGUGAAAAAGAAAGACAACAGUAAAAAAGAAAAAGGGAAAAAAAGAAAAGCAGAUGAAGAUGACAGUGAUCAAGAACAAUCUUCAGAAAAUUCGGAUUCAGAAUUCAAAGUAGAUUAUGAAGAACCUGCCGAAGGCGGAUUGGUGCCUGUUGCAUUAGAUAUGUUCAGUCUUCAUGGUUCGAUGCCACACGAACAAAGAAUGGAAGUCUUCAAGCAGUUCCGGGCUGCCAGGAAUGGUGUACUUAUUUGUACGGACGUAGCGGCUCGUGGGAUAGAUGUCCCACGCGUGGACCUGGUGCUUCAGUACUGCGCGCCAGCCUCUGCCACCGACUACGUUCACAGGGUCGGCCGCACGGGUCGUGCUGCGAAAGUUGGGGCUGCCAUCAUGUUCUUGCUGCCUAGUGAAGCGGAGUUUGUCAGACAUUUGGAACAAAAACGCAUCAGGUUGCGGCAGUCAGACGAGACUGCAGCGCUGGAAUCGCUUCGCAGCGUAGCGCCGGCGACCGCGAGCGUGCAGCGCGCCGCCAUCGCGGUGCAGGCGCGCCUCGAGCACACCGCGCACAGCAGCAAGCAGUGGCUCGCGCGCGCUAGCAGAGGUGAGCUAGCUUACACAGCCCCGUACAGUAGCAGCAGACGAGACUGCAGCGCUGGAAUCGCUUCGCAGCGUAGCGCCGGCGACCGCGAGCGUGCAGCGCGCCGCCAUCGCGGUGCAGGCGCGCCUCGAGCACACCGCGCACAGCAGCAAGCAGUGGCUCGCGCGCGCUAGCAGAGGUGAGCUAGCUUACACA